AUGCAAUUUUGUCGUUUACUGAGGUUCAAGCACACAAAUAGCUCGCGUUGUUUCUUUAAUAAGACAUUCGCAGAAGCAAAAACCAUUAGCACAGGGCUAUUCGGGAAUUCAGAACUCAAAACGCCAGCUGAUUUCAAGAAGCUGAAUGAAAAUGUUAGGAAAAACUGUUCAUGCAUUGUUCGUGAAAUCAUGUCAGGUUCUGAAAAUAAAACAACAGUACAGCUCUUGGAUGAUUUGUCGAACGAAAUAUGUAAAGCUGCAGAUUUGACUGAGUGUAUAAGACAGUUACAUAGUGAUCCAAAGUUCACUGCAGCAGCUGAAGAAUCUGCUCGAGAUUUUUGCCAAUUGGUCGAAAGUUUGAACACAUAUACGGAAUUGUAUGAGAAACUCAAUCAGUCCAAAAAUCAAGAAAUAAAUAGAUUGAGCGAUGUGGACAAAAGAACAUUAGACCUGUUUCUGGAUGAUUUCCAACAGUCUGGCGUUCAUCUUCCACAAAAUAAAAGAGAGAAGUUUGUUCAGCUGUCUGAGGAAAUUUUCGAUGCUGGUGCUCGGUAUCAGUGGGGAUGUGAUCAUGAAGUAGAAGUAACCAGCGAUAAAAAAAAAUAUGGACUUCACUCGACUAAACUUUUUUCUCCUGUAGUUGAUACUUUCAAUAAUGAAGUCAGAAAGUUUGUUUAUACUUCAUUCUAUCAACAUAACAAAAAUCAGGAGAAUUCUCUGAGAACCUUAGUAUCCAAGAGACAUGAGCUGGCUCAACUGACCGGUUUCGAAACGUUCUCUCAUCGAGCUCAGCACAACACAUUAAUGGGAAGUUACGAUAACGCCAAGAAGUUUCUCUGGGGCAUAAUUGAGGCAUGCCGGCACUCUGCGGAGAAAGAAAUAACGGUUUUAUUAGAUGUGUUAGGUCAAUGUGAACCUGGUCAUCAACGAGUUGCUGAGUGGGACAUAGGUUUUCUAUCCCGUAUAUACAAGGAAAGAGCCUUCGGACGGAGCCAUCAUGAAGCUGUUACAAAAUAUCUCAAGCUCGGUAAUGUUUUGAGAAGUUUCGACAAUCUGAUAGAAAAACUUUAUGGAAUACGUUUUGAGCAACAGAACAGCGAGAAAGGCGAACUUUGGCAUAGUAGUGUCCUUAAAUUUGCCGCAACCGAUUCAUCAACAGGCCGACUACUUGGUCAAAUCUAUAUGGAUAUUGAAAGAAGAUCUACAAAAGCUGUCGGCGAUUGUCAUUACACUGUGAGAUGUUCAAAAGAAAUGGCAAACGGAGAUUGGCAGACACCAAUAGUGGUUUUGUCUUUAUCAUUAACAGAUGUGCGGAAAACUUAUUCCAUGAGCUCGGACAUGCUAUGCACAGCAUGUUAG